GGAGAUAAAGCAUUGAAUCACAGGCAUCAGUGCAUCUGUCCCAGCAACCACAUCAGCAGUCAGACAUGGCAAAGAGACGGACGGGAGACACAAACACACAGACAGGUAUCCACCACGACAAGCAACCCUGGCAGGAGCAGCAAUGAAAGGACUUAGAAAGUGAGAAGGGUAAAAAAAAAAAAAAUUGGCGGCUUUUUGAGCCCUCAUUGAAGACUCUCAAAUGGCAAUCAGUUGAAACUUGCAGAAAUUCAACUUUAAUAACUAAUGAAGUAAUAUUUGUGAUGUUUUUAUGAUUCCCGGUUGCUUCAUUCAAGUUUUAAAAGCAGUUGGGUAAAUUGCUCUCUGGUUUCCAACUGUUUUUAGUCAGAAUGAGUUCAGCAGAGUAAAGUAUUGCUCUGUGGUGAUUUUUUUCUUGAAGGUCCAUUAACCCAAAUGAAGAGAAUGCUAUCAAGCUAAGUCUCUACUUAGAAAUCAGUUUACUGUAAAUAUAACUAUAUCAGUUUAGAAAGUGUUAAUUGUGUGUUUUAUUUAAGCCUCGCUCUCGAGAGGGAUUUUAUUAUUUUACUAUUUACGUGUUUAUGUAUCAGAAACCUUUAGGUCUGUACUCCUUUGGCUUACAUGGUUAAUAUUCCUAUUAUUACUAUUUAUUAGAAUUUUAAAACUUAUACAGGUUUGUCCUUGUCUCAGCUUACAAUGUACAACAGCUUACAUGGCCUUCUAAAUAGCCGUAUCCCUUCUUAAACUUGCAUAGCUCGCAAUAAAAAAAAAAGUGCAAUAAAAGAGCCAUCAGAUCAGAAAAAAGUAGGUAUCUUUUAUGGAUGUUGGACACAAUACCCACACAGCGCAAAAAUUAUUCAGCAGGAACAGCAGUGUACUAAGCAGUAAUUCUCACCCUAGGGGAUUGCCAAAUAUUUACCACGAGUCUUGAAAAUGUUAAUAAAAAUAAUGCAUCACAUCAUCUUCCACACUGGGAAAAGCUAAAUUAGAUGCAAUUGAUUUGUUUUUGUGAGACUCUGAAUGAGAAUGUCCUCUUAAAACUGCUAGUUGAUUUUUCUUUCUCUGCCAAGAUCUUUUUUAUAUUGACUUAGCGCAUUACUGUAAAACGUGUAGAGAGCAAUAUACCGAUAAAUUGAGCAUGAACAAAGAGGUAGAAUUUGCCAUUAGAAUACACACCCCAGUUUUUGUCCCAAAUGAUAUUGUUCUGAGACUUCCCAGACUUUGCACAAGCAUUGUAGAUGUAAUGGAAAAUCCAUUGCCUUUAAAUACACACAUCUUUUAUUACAGUACCAUAAUCUCAAACUGAGACAGUUCUGCAUGUAUAAUAAAACAGUCCUUGGAGAUAUUUUUUUUUACCUCUUGUACUAUGCUCCUAUUGGUUUGUGAUGCCGAGAUAAACUUUGGCCCUCAUCUAGUGUUGUUUGUCACAAACCCAGUUGUUCUAAAUUUUACAUUCCUGUAGAGUUAGGUUAGUUUAGUUAGUUAGGUUCAGGUUAGUGAAUGAGUGUGUGCAUGGAUGUUUGUGUGUUGCCCUGCGAUGGACUGGUGACCUGUCCAGGGUGUACUCUGCCUCCGGCCCAUAGACUGCUGGAGUUUGGCACCAGCUUCCCCAUGACCCACUAUGGAAGAAGCAGUAUAGAAAAUGACUGACUGACUGACUAUGAGAAAUGGGCCCUUGACUCAUAUUUAUAUUCCAGGGACAGUGGCAGUUCCUGCAUUAAUUACACCCUGGGCAAAUCCUCCUUUAGCUCCACAUACUUAAAACUUAAAAUAGUGACUAGAAAACCCCACACUCACCCAACCUUUUCAUCAUAUUAAUUAUCAGAAUCAUUAAGAACUUAAAAAAAAAUAUUUAUCUGUUUGAUGUUUGGUCAUUUGUUUUAAAUCAGAUACCAACAUCAACAUCAUUUCCACUGCUUAUAUACAGCCAUAUUUUCUUACAGUGCUUACAGUUUGCACUGCAUUGGGGGAAACCUAUGCUUCCUUGGCUAGACAUGCAAAAAAGUAAUAGAAAACGUAUUCAUGCUCCAAUUAACAGGUAAUCUUUCUUUUUGCAAGUGCUUGUGUCCAUAUCAAAAUCUGUCUCUGCCCCUGGAAACAAAAAAAUUGUUUACUGUAAGGCUGCAAAUAAAUGUAAACAGGGCUGGAGUUAAUUUUUACUCCACUGACUAAAGAUUGCAGGUCAUUUUUAAAAUCUUUGAAAUAUUUAAUUAAUGUUAGGCACUUUUCUUGCUCAAUUUUAAAUGCUUUGUGGGGGACCUUUAUAAUAAAAACUUUUGGAAAUUUGGCACAACUGCCCAGGUGCAUUAUAUAUAGAAAGAGUAAAAUGGAAGAUUAAAUAAAAGAAGGAAAAAAAAAAACAACAGAGAAUGACCAAGGCAGCUAAAAAUAGCUACAGUAGGACACAGAUCAAACCUGCAGACGUUUAAAAGGACAAACAGAAUGUAACAAUCCAAAACUAGGCCUGCAAGCAGUGAACAUGUGGGAUUUUCGAAAAUACCUGAUUAGAGCAGAACAAAAACAUAAGAACCUCCCUACCUUGCUGGUCUCUUCAUCAGAACAUCAGAACAAUUAAAAAAACGUAACCUCGCAAUCCAGUUUCACAUAAACUCUACAGCAAUGGGCAUUCAUCUAUCUUGCAGAAUACAACAAAAAUUUUCAAAGCAACUUGAAAAUUCAGAACUUACUAUGGAAAAAAAAACAACAACAAAAGAACAACAAAAACAUCUCAGUGGAGAAAAUAGCACCAUUAGUGAGCCAUAGGCAAAGACAGUUUGCAAAUGGAUAUGAGUGCACUGGAGGAGAUACAGGUAGAUGUGUGGGGAAGUGAGGAGACUAUGAGGAAUGUGAGAACAGAACAGAUUGGUAUAUUUUUAAUAGUUAGAGGGAUGUUAAACAUUUUGACAAUUAUGUCUAAUCCAUUGCUGAAAUACUCCCAUUUACUAUUGAGAGACCACCAUGUGAAGAUGGAAAAAGGCUUAUAUGAGUAUGAAGGAUGCAAGAUGAUAACAAAUACUCAAACACACAAGCAGAAAAACAACAGCUUGGAAAUAUUUUUUAUGAAGCCAGAAAAAAUGAAUAAAAUAGAUUUUUUUCCACUUGGAGGCAUGUCUAUUUGUGUGUAUGUCUACAGAUUUGAGUCGCACAAAUUCGACCCUUUAACUUACGGCAAUAUGCUAAGAAUGGAGAUGUGUCAGGACGAUCAAUGUGGCAAGGAGCAAGUGGCAGCAAUGAUUACAGACACAGAGCAGAAAGGCUCACAAGACACACAGCCAAGAGCUGGUGAGCUACAGCCAAGGGGGUCGAUAAGCUCAAUGAUCAGCUGGCGAAGGAGGAUCUUGGUGAAAUGAUGGGAUGCAAAUGCUGUGGUGCUGAGAUCAGCACACAAUAGAGAACCUGUCAGAUCAAAUUACACAAAAAAAGUUUUUUUUUUUCAUAUUCACUUUGAGGAGAAAGAGAAUAGGUUGUUUUAGUUGGCUUUGGCUGCCUUCGCCCCUGGGAUCAUGCCUAGGGCAAAAUGCUAAAAAGGGGCAUGGAGGCAGAUUGGGAGAGGCCAGAACAAAAUGGCACAAUGUUAAUGCAAAAAGGCUUCUGCCUUAAGAGAGGAAAAAUGGGAAUGGGCAUAGAAGUAAUGCACUCCCCUUUUAAUUCAACAGUUGUUAGAGUGCAGUGAAAAAGUCGUAGCCCAAUUACAGAUUUUUUCACUCUUGUGUCACACUUAAAAUGUUCAGAUUAUCAAACUGUUGUCAAUAUCGCUUAAAGAAAAUUUUUUUCAAUUUAUUAUUUUAUUUUAGUAAGAAAAAGAAGCUAUCCGAACUAAUCUAGCCAUAUGUGAAAAGUCAUUGCCUGCUAAAUAGUCUCUUUGAGGUCUAAACUGGAUAUAAGUACAGACUUUGACUGGACCAAACAAAAAUCAUCAUAUUGUUUUAUUUAAACCAUUUAAAGGUGGACUCGCUGGUCUGCUUUGAAACAUUGUCCAGCUGCAUUACUAAUGCGUGCUUUGGGUUAAGGUCCUAAAUUGUGGGCUGGAUAUUGUCCUUCAGGAUUUUCUGCUAGAAAGAAAAAUGUAUUGUUCCAUUAUUUAUGAGAAGUCUCUCAGGGCCUGAAGCAGCAAAUUAGCCCCUCAAAAUCAUACUACCAUGGCCAUGGUUCACUGUAGGUAUAAUGUUUCUCUUCAGAAAUGCUGUGUUAUCGAUAAAAAAGAUAAAAAAUAAAAUGGUGUGGAUCUCCUGUGGUCCUCUAAAUCUGGUGUAAGACCUGCUUAGCCUCUCCUGUCAAUCCAAGCCCACAAUAUCACAAACAAUCUGCAAUUUCUCUUUCAAGUUCCAUCUUUAAUCAUAUUUAUAAAUUAGUUAUUAUGUACCUAUUUUGUUUUUGCUCAAACGUGUUCAAAGGGAAUAAUGUCGCUAAUUCUUGAGCAAAACGUUUGACAGGGAUGUUUAAUAUUAUGCAUUCAUAACUCAAUGUGAAGUGUAGUCUCAGGUUGACUGCAUCAUACUCCAACAUGUUUGCCCAGUAAACAAAAUGCAUGGGGUCCAGCAGGAAAAGCUGUGAUGUCCUUUCAUGUUGUUCAGCAUCUGUCGCAGAAAGGACUUCCAGACCACAGACAUCAGGGUGACAGGCAUGAAAGUCAUUUCAUCCUGGAAUAGUCUGUUUUUGAGGAUUGUGAUAAUGGUUUAGUUUUUGAAGUAAAAAAAUACACAGCUCCAGAGAUUUGUUAAAGAUCUGAAUGAAGAUGGGGGCUCACACACAAUCAGGUCCUCAGGUUUCCCUGAUUUUCCAGGGCUGGAAGAACGUAUUCACAUCUUCCUCACAGACCUUUAGUCCAAGCAGGGAGUCUGAGGAGAGAAAGGUGGUUGGUGCAGGUUGAGCUUUUGUCUCAGAGGGAAAUGUAGAGGAGUGGGAGGGAUGUGUGAACGGAUGCUUUUCAAACCUACAGUAGAAGCUGUUAUGGUCGUCUGCCAGGGUUCUGCCCUGGAUAGGGGGAAGGGAUUCUUUAGUUGGUUUUAAAGUAAUCCCAUCAGAGUUCUGUGAAGCGUGGGUAUAUAAGCUGAAGUAUGAGGGUAAGCACCGGGCAAACCCAGAGGGUUACAAGCGACAGGAAGGUCAGACAGCUGAGAACCUCUUUCCAAAAUCAGGAUGGCAGAAGAAUGGAGAAAGCAGGCUUUUGCUGCCAGCAAGCACAGUGAAGAUACUACAAGGGACUCUGUCUUCACAUACACAAACAGCAAUCAUACAAAAGAUCCUUUUGAGGGACCAAACUACAACAUCGCUCCUCGAUGGGUUUACAACGUCGCAACAGUCUGGAUGUUGUUCGUGGUCGUUUUAUCAGUCUUCACCAAUGGCCUGGUAUUAGUAGCCACAGCAAAGUUCAAGAAACUCCGUCAUCCUCUUAACUGGAUCUUGGUCAACCUUGCCAUUGCUGAUCUUGGAGAGACGAUCUUUGCCAGCACCAUCAGUGUGUGCAACCAGUAUUUUGGAUUUUUCAUUUUGGGAUACCCAAUGUGCGUCUUUGAAGGCUACGUUGUCUCAACUUGUGGUAUUACUGGUCUUUGGUCCCUGACUAUUAUCUCUUGGGAAAGAUGGGUAGUUGUGUGCAAACCUUUUGGAAAUACCAAGUUUGAUGCCAAAUGGGCCACAGCUGGAAUUGUGUUCUCCUGGGUUUGGGCUGCAGUGUGGUGUGCUCCUCCUAUCUUUGGAUGGAGCAGGUAUUGGCCCCAUGGGCUGAAAACUUCCUGUGGACCUGAUGUGUUCAGUGGAAGUGAGGACCCUGGUGUCCAGUCCUACAUGAUUGUCCUUACAGCUACAUGCUGCUUCACUCCUCUGGCUAUCAUCAUCUUGUGCUACCUGGCUGUGUGGUUGGCCAUCCAUGAAAUUGCUAUGCAGCAGAAGGAAUGCGAGUCAACCCAGAAUGCGCAAAAAGAAGUAUCCAGGAUGGUCGUUGUCAUGAUCUUGGCUUUCUGUGUCUGCUGGGGACCUUACGCCUUUUUUGCCUGCUUUGCCGCUGCCAACCCUGGAUAUGCCUUCCAUCCUUUGACCGCUGCCAUACCGGCAUACUUGGCUAAGAGCGCCACCAUCUACAACCCGGUUAUCUAUGUCUUCAUGAACCGACAGUUCCGCACAUGCAUCAUGCGGCUCUUAGGUAAAGAGGUCGAUGAUGAUUUAGAAGUUUCCACAUCAAAAACAGAGGUCUCCACUGUGGCUCCUGCAUAAAACGCCCAUUUAUGCAGGAGUAGAAAUGGCUUUGUAACCCUUUUGCAGACACCUUGUGGUUGAUGUUGAUCCUUUUGCUUCUCAACUGUUCUUGAAAUUAUUUAGAAAAUGGAAUGAUUUGUUGCUUUUUAAGAAUUUUCUUGCCUACUUCAUAUAGUCAGAGAGGUUCUAUUUACGUUAUUUCUUCAUUUUGACUGAUAUUAAAAUGUGUUUGACGAUCUGUAAAAUGUAGGUGUGACAAUAAAGCAAAAAAAAAAGAAGAAAUUGGUAAAAUGGAAAAUAGUUUCUGCAGCACUGAAUAGCUCAUGUAUUAGGCACAAACAUACUCCCUGCUGAAACAAAACUGCUUCAGGCAAUAAUCAAGCCUCACAAAGAAUAAGACAGAUGAUGAAUGAUAAAGAA